AUGAGGUCCAAGCAAGCUCAUUUGUGGCAAGCUGCAAUGGACGAAGAAAUCGCUGCACUCAAGUCCAAAGAAGUUUUGGAGCAGAUCCCGAGAGAAAUGAUGCCAGCAGGGCAAAAGACAAUCAAGACCAUGUGGGACUUUGACGUAAAGACCGAUCACUUAGGCUACAUAGUGAGAUUCCGAGCACGUGUGGUUGCACGAGGCGACAAACAACGGCGUGGAAUUGAUUUCACGGACACAUUCUCUCCGGUGGCGCGAAUGGCGACAUUCCGGAUGUUUGUUGCGGUGUGCAUGAUAUUGCAACUAGUAAUCUACCAAGCAGACAUUAAUACAGCCUACCUCAAUGCGGCACUAGGCAUAAAGCAAUACCUGGAAGAAGUCGAGGGCUAUCCGUGUGAAGACAACGGGAUGAUUUACAUCAUCAACAAAGCAUUGUAUGGCCUACGCGAGUCAGGCAGAGAGUGGAACACUGAUGUGAACCGCUGA